AUGGCAUUUUUGUUGAAAGAUUCUCCUGAGUGCGUAAAAUCGGAAUUGGAACUUUUUACCUUACCUGGAACUCAAACAGUUAUUCAAGAUGGUCAAUGGAUACAAUUUCAUCCACUUUCUAACGUUUUUGAGAAUGCUCCCGUAGAGUUUCAUGUCUCUGGAAGUGUAGAAGAUUACAUAGAUCUCAGUCAAACACAAUUGUAUGUGAAAGCGAAAAUAGUAAAAACGAACAAUACAGCUAUCACUAAAGAUGAUGUUAUAGGACCUGUGAAUUUAUUUCUACAUUCAUUAUUUUCUCAAGUAGAUGUGUCUUUAAACGAUAGUACAGUUUCCAAUUCAAGCAAUACCUAUCCCUAUAGGGCCUAUAUUGAAACUCUCCUAAACCAUGGAUAUGAUAGCAAAACAUCUCAAUUAACAGCUGAAUUAUUUUAUAAAGAUUCUGAGGAUGGUUUAAACAAAAGAAUUGCUUUUUUCAAAGAAAGCGCAACAGUGGAUAUGAUUGGCUGCAUUCAUUCAGAUUUAUUUCAUCAAGAUCGUCUUUUACUCUAUUUAGUGGAUUUGAAAAUAAAACUAAUAAGAAGCAAGCCAGAAUUUUGUCUACAAGGAUCUGAAGGAUUUAAAGUAGUAUUGGAUCAUGUCUCUUUAUUCAUUCGAAAAGUUCGCGUGAACCCUGGAGUGCUUCUUGGUCAUGCUAAAGCACUCGAGAAAACAAGCGCAAAAUACCCCAUUAAUCGAGUCCUAUGCAAAGUGUAUUCGAUUCCUAAAGGGAGCAUGUCUUUUAUUCAAAAUAAUAUAUUUUCGAGUCAAAUGCCUAAAAAAGUUAUUAUUGGUUGUGUAGAUAAUGAAGCUUUUCAUGGAACAUUGACAAAAUCUCCUUUUGAUUUUAAACAUUUUGAUUUAAUUUUUAUUGGAGUGUAUGUAGAUGGACAACCUGUCCCCCAUAAUCCAUUGGAACUUAACUUUUCACAAAAUCAAUGCAUUCGUGCCUAUCAAACUUUAUUUGAUGGAACGGAACGAAUGGGUCAAGAUAGAGGAAUAUUUAUUUCCAGAGAAGACUACAGGAACGAAAAUACAUUAUUUGGAUUUAAUCUCUCCCCAGAUCUAUGUUUAGGAGAACAUUUAAAUCUGAUUAAGCAUAGCAAUUUGAGAUUAGAACUGAAAUUUGCCAAAUCACUGGUAAAAACAGUAUGCGUAAUCGUUUUUGCCGAAUUUUAA